GAACAAAUCUGCUUUCGACCCGACAUUUUUCGCUCCAGCGGCAUCAGCAGUGGUCGCCAUGGGAAAGCACGGGAAGAAGCAGAAGAAUCCUCCAUCAUCAUCAAGAUCUCGACGCUUCGCUCAUUCCGACAACGACGAAGAAUCUCUACCCUCAUCCGCUUACGAUCUCCCAUCGCCCCAAGAACCAGACUCAGAAAUCGAAGAAGUCGAAGAAGAGGACGAGGAAAUUGAUGGAAAUCAUCAUACUCUGUCCAAGUUCGAUCUUUACCAGAAAUCAGUACAGUCGCCGAAGGGGGAUAUAAGCUACUUGCAGAAGUUCUUCUUGAUGUACGUUGGAGGUCGAUUGCCGCUCCAUUUGCAGGAGGAUUUCUGUGGCACUGCUCUUUUGAGUGCUGAGUGGUUGCGAACUGACUCAAGAAGGACAGCUGUAGGCCUGGAUCUGGACCUCGAGGCGCUGAGAUGGUGCCUUGAAAACAAUUUAAAUAAGAUUGGAUCUGAUGGUUAUUCUAGGAUCUUCCUUUAUCACGGUAAUGUAUUGCAACCUCAGAAGGCUCAUUUAGUCAAAGGCACAGUUCAAGAUCUCACAAGGCUUGGGGCUUUAAGUGUUCAAGAUGAUAGUUCAGAAACUGUCGAGCUAAGUGUAGGGUCUAAUUCUACCGUUCCAGUGAUCUCCACCAUGGAAAAGGCUAUGUUGCCUUCCAGAGACAUUAUAUGCGCAUUCAAUUACAGUUGUUGUUGCCUCCAAAGGCGGGAGGAAUUGGUAUUGUAUUUUAAGCAUGUUCUUCAUUCCUUGUCGAAAAAGGGUGGUAUAUUUGUAAUGGACUUAUAUGGUGGUACAUCAUCAGAAUGCAAGUUACGGCUUCAAAGGAGGUUUUCUAACUUCACUUAUUUCUGGGAACAAGCAGAGUUUGAUAUUAUAAAUCGCAGAACAAGAAUCAGCCUUCACUUCCAGCUCGGAAAGAAGCAGACACUAAAGCAUGCAUUUUCUUAUGACUGGCGCUUGUGGUCGCUGCCAGAAAUUAGAGAUUGCUUGGUUGAGGCUGGCUUUCAGUCAGUACAUUUUUGGAUCAGGGAGAUGCCGAACACACAUGAAAAGGAAAACUCUGAGGAAUACAAUGGCAAACAUGACUCUAAAUAUGAAGAGGUGUCAACUUUCCAACAACUCGAUGCAUGGAAUGCAUAUAUUGUUGCCGUAGCCAACUUGUAGUAUUUGGCAUAGUUUCGCAAUUCCCUCAGAAGUAUUAUUCAACUAUUUGACAUAGUUUUGCUAUUCCCUCAUAUAGAUUAUUGUACCCUUUAUUUUGCUUAUAAACGAAAGCUGUCGUUUAAAGCAUUUUGUCCUUCCAGUCAUUUGAUUACUAAGUAGUUUGACCCUGCUGAAUCUUAUACAAGGAAAUUAUCAAAAGGAGCCACGGCGUGUGUACUUGCCUGA